AUGAAGUUGGAGGUGUUCGCCCCCCGCGCGGCCCACGGAAACAAGCCGGGCAGCGACCUGGAGGGCGCGGGCGGCAGCGACGCGCCGUCUCCGCUGUCUGUAGCCGGAGACGACUCCCUGGGCUCGGACGGGGACUGCGCGGCCAACAGCCCUGCGGCGGGCAGCGGCGCCGUGGAUGCCGCCUUGAUGAGCCCGCCGCCCGCAGCUGCCACUGCCGCACUGGAGACCACCUCGUCGUCGUCGUCGUCGUCCUCCGCUUCCUGCGCCUCGUCUUCGUCCUCCUCCAACUCGGCCAGCGCCCCUUCAGCCGCCUGCAAGAGCGCGGGUAGUAGCGGCGGCGGCGCGGGCGCGGGGAGCGGGGGCACCAAGAAGGCGAGCUCGGGGCUGCGGCGGCCCGAGAAGCCGCCCUACUCGUACAUCGCGCUCAUAGUCAUGGCCAUCCAGAGCUCGCCCAGCAAGCGGCUGACGCUCAGCGAGAUCUACCAGUUCCUGCAGGCGCGCUUCCCCUUCUUCCGCGGCGCCUACCAGGGCUGGAAGAACUCGGUGCGCCACAACCUCUCGCUCAACGAGUGCUUCAUCAAACUGCCCAAGGGGCUCGGACGGCCCGGGAAGGGCCACUACUGGACCAUCGACCCGGCUAGCGAGUUCAUGUUCGAGGAGGGCUCAUUCCGCCGCCGGCCGCGCGGCUUCAGGCGGAAGUGCCAGGCGCUCAAGCCCAUGUACCACCGCGUGGUGAGCGGCUUGGGCUUCGGGGCCUCGCUGCUGCCCCAGGGCUUCGACUUCCAGGCGCCCCCGUCGGCGCCGCUCGGCUGCCACGGCCAGGGCGGCUAUGGCGGCCUCGAUAUGAUGCCCGCAGGCUACGAUGCCGGCGCGGGCGCCCCGAGCCACGCGCAUCCGCACCAUCACCACCACCACCACGUCCCGCACAUGUCGCCCAAUCCGGGCUCCACCUACAUGGCCAGCUGUCCGGUGCCCGCGGGGCCCGGGGGUGUCGGUGCGGCUGGCGGUGGCGGCGGCGGCGGGGACUACGGGCCAGACAGCAGCAGCAGCCCAGUGCCCUCGUCCCCUGCCAUGGCGAGCGCCAUCGAGUGCCAUUCGCCCUACACGAGCCCUGCAGCGCACUGGAGCUCGCCUGGCGCGUCGCCUUACCUCAAGCAGCCGCCCGCCCUGACGCCGAGCAGCAACCCCGCGGCCUCUGCAGGCCUGCACUCCAGCAUGUCCUCCUACUCGCUGGAGCAGAGCUACUUGCACCAGAACGCCCGCGAAGAACUCUCAGUGGGACUGCCUCGUUACCAGCAUCACUCUGCUCCAGUGUGUGACAGAAAAGAUUUCGUCCUCAAUUUCAAUGGCAUUUCUUCUUUCCACCCAUCAGCUAGUGGGUCGUAUUAUCAUCAUCACCACCAGAGCGUCUGUCAGGAUAUUAAGCCCUGCGUCAUGUGA